UUACUCGUGUUUAUGUAUCACGCUGUUCGCUGCGUUGUCCUUAAUUUCCUAAAAAGCGUUUAAACAUCUAAUGAAAGCAUUUGGCUUGCGAUUUUUACUGUCUGUCAAUUUUAGUUGCGUUUGGAGCUUCGCUGCGUGCGGUUCGUCUUGUCCUGUCUCGUCUGGUCUUGUUGGUUGCUGCAACUAACUAGCUUAGUUAGUAGUUAACCGUUUAGCUUGGAGACUAUGCUGCUCAUCUGAUCAUGGCCAAAAUAAUAUCAACGAUCAAGGCGAUCCUCACGCGCAUCAUAUUCAGCGCCCACAGCUUGCUGGCCAUUUGGCAGGUGACGACGUUUAAGAAGGACAUCAUAUAUUGGACGCUAUGUGGGCCGCUGCUGCUGCUGCUGCUCGAGGGCAUCUUCACCAUAAUGAUCAAGAAGACGCAAGAAUGGCGCUGGUUCUGUCCCUCGGUGUUUCUGUACCUGAGCAGCAUUGUGCCGGCCAUUUGGUUGCUUGAGCUGGAUAAGAUCGAGCGUCGCCUACUGGUGAUAAAUGGCUCGUUGGUCAAUGUAAAUGCUAGCAAUGCCAUCACUGACAACAACCUUACCAGUACCAUCACCAGCGCCGGAACCGCCGCCACCGCUACCAGCACCACCAAUAACAGCGCCAUGGUGCCAGUGGCUGAUCUGCUGGACGAUGCUGGGAUCACAUUGCCCGUGAUUAGCCCAGAUACGUGGACCACGCUAAUCGAACAGUUUCUUAUGCUGAUUCUGAUUGUGGGCCGUUGGCUGCUGCCCAAAGGUGACUUGACACGCGACCAGCUCAGCCAGCUGCUGUUGGUCUACAUUGGCACAGCGGCGGAUAUCAUCGAGUUCUUUGACUCCUACAAAGAUGAUUCCAUUGCACGCAUUGGAUUUUUGGUAUUCCUCACUCUAGGCAUUUGGUCCUGGAGCCUGAUGCAGUUUACCAUUGUGCUGUCAGCCACACGGGGCAGGCGACCGAGAGGCAGCGGCUCACAUCAUAAGGAGGAACAGGCGGAUUGCUGUCAGAACUGCUGCUGUGGCAUUGAUGUCUGGGGCAUUGUGCUGAACGUAAUUCUUCAGGAUGCGCCAUUUCUCACCUUUCGCUUAUUGAUUAUAUUUCAAUAUAAAAUAAUUAACUACAUGAACGUGUUUUUUACCUGCAAAAACUCCUUGGUGAUUAUACUUCAGCUGUACCGCCUGUACGUGGUCAAUGCGGAGUUCUGGAAGAGUCGACGUGAAAGCCGCAUGGCCAAGGCGCGUCAGUAUCAAUCCCGCAGGCGAGUGCACGAUGCGGACCAGAACAGCAUUUAUAUGAUAUCCAAUGAACGUGGCGGGGAGGUCAAAAAGAAGAUUAAGAAAGCUAAGGAUAGAGACUUUGUGGAACAAGAAGCCAGUUACAGCAAAAAGAAGCGAGAUAAGAAGGAUAAAAAAAAACGCAAGCGCAAGGACACGGGCUACUCCACUGCCAGCUCACAAAAUCUGUACUCCACCAAGGCUAGCAACAAGGAUAAAAAGGGCAAGAAAUCGAAGCGCAACUGCAGCAGUUCUCCGAGCGAUUGCGAUCCGAUGAAUGCCAAGAAAUUGAAGCGCGCUAAGAAUGCCGAAAAGGCCGACAAGAAGAAAUCGCGCAAAAUCGAGGCUGUUAUUGAGGAGUCGAGCAGUUCAAGCAGCAGCAGCUCGGACUCCAGCAAUUCCACACUGCCCAGCUAUGAAGUGAUUGAUGAGAAGAAGUCGCGACGCCGCAAACGUGACCAGAGCAGCGACUCCAGCUCCAGCGACAGCAGCUCGGACUCGUCUUCAUCGUCCUCCUGAAUUGGGCACUGAAUAUUUGGACUAACGGCAUUUGAACGCGGAAUCCGCUGAAUGUAACGUUAUUGUAAUUUUUGUGACAGCCAAAACACAUUUGGCUGCGACGCUAGUCAAAGAAGACUCAGGUGUCUCUUUUUUUGGCAUGACUAUUUGAAGGGUC